AGUUGCCAGAGAGCGCAGAGUGCAUUAGCUUGCUGACGACAUCAGACGCGAACAAAGCCCCGAAAAAAAUGGCUUAAGAACGAAAAAUCUGCAGAAUUGCGACCUUUUUUCAUUUUUUGUGAGCAACAUGCGCUGCUUGCCGGGCUACGGUUACGGCCUCACAUUUCUGUUUCUGAGCACCGUUCGCAACGAACAAAAGGAACUGAACAUCUCGCCGGUCCACGAUGUGAACACCACCAAGGCCACGGCCACCUUCGGCAUGGGCUGCUUCUGGGGCGCCGAGUCCCUGUACGGGGCCACCCGCGGGGUCUUGAGAACCACCGUGGGAUACGCUGGCGGCAGCUCGGACUUGCCAACGUACCGUAAAAUGGGCGAUCAUACGGAGGUGCUGGAGAUCGACUACGAUCCCACCGUCGUCAGCUUCAAGGAACUGCUGGAGCUGUUCUGGAACAACCACGAGUACGGACUGACCACGCCCAUCAAGAGGCAGUACGCCUCCCUGAUUUUGUACCACGACGAGGAGCAGAAGCAGAUUGCCCUUGCCUCCAAGUUGGAGGAGCAGGAGCGCCGGGCGCCGGAGGUGAUAACCACCGAGAUUGCUUCCAAGGAGAACUUCUUCCCAGCCGAGGCGUACCACCAAAAGUACAGGUUGCAGGGCCACAAGGACCUCGCCUCCUCGCUCAACCUCACGCCCAAGCUGCUGCAGACCAGCUACGUGGCCACCAAGCUGAAUGGCUACCUGGCCGGAGUGGGCGGCAUCGAGCAGUUCAAGGCCGAGGCGGAGACCAUGGGUCUCACGCCCACCCAGCGGCAGUACUGCAACUACCACGUGGAGCAAAACGAGGGCCAGGGCCUCUACUGCUGACAUGGCCGCCUGUGCAUAGACGUUAAGCGUAGAUCGUACACCUAGGGGGGUAGUUUUAUGAAUAGUUUGCUUGUUCGAAACAGAUUGUGUAUUACGUAGAUUAGGAAGGCAUAAAAUAUAUUUGAAAAGCGUAUAUUUUAUUAUAAUAAAAACAUCUCAUACUAA